AAAUCCCCAAACCAACGGAGAAGAUCUUAAAGUAUGGACUGUCGUGCGCCUGGCCUGUCAGAAUCGGAGAGCUGCGAAAUCACGCACGUGUCUAGUGACGCGCCGGUAGACGAGGAGGAGGGACUUGAUUUGGAUCUGAUCUACGACAGACUCGAGAGCAUGAAGCAGCGUCUGUUAUAUCUGAGAAGCUUGUUGGUGUGCGUGAACACGGGGAGGGCCUCAAACGGAAAGGGUCCAUGCGAGCAGCACAUCGAGGGGAAUGGCUCGAUCAACUUGGAGCUACGACAGUUGCAAAAAGCCGCAGCUCGGAUGGCACAGGAAAUGAAUGCGCUGAUGAAGAGUUAUAUGAGCAGUCGGAAAGACUACACAGAUCUCAGUGCGAGAGUCGAGCACCAGAAAAAGGAAGUUCAAAAGCUGGAGCAGGACCUAGGACAGGUGCCCAAGUGGCAGGAAGAGACGCAGCAUAAGCAUGGACUCUGCAUCGAACGCUACAAUGAUCUACGCAUCCAUUGCCUCACUUCGAACCAAGUGCUUGGUUGCUUUUCGGAGAUGCAGCGUGACUUUUCCAACAAGGUCCAAUUCAAAACAUCCAUUAGGUGCUUCAAGAAGGACAAACAUGAGUUUAUCGAAAAGUGGCGGGAGUUGAAGUGCUUGAGAAGAAAUAUGACCACCAGGCUUCUACUGCACGUCAACAAGGUUGAGAAAAGCGUGGAAGAGCAAACGCGAUUACGUUCUUACAGACCCAAUACUUGUAUGUCAAAGGAGUCCGUAACUUCCUUUAUAUUGUCGUUUCUGACAGACGAUAUGGGACGACAGAUACCGAAAAUCAAAGGGAUCCUUAAACUUGAUCUCGAUAUACAAACGAAAGGUGAAGACGAUGGUGACGAUGCUGCCAAGACUUUAAAACCUAAUCAUAGUUAAAGUUACUUUUAACAAAUAUAUUUCUGCACUCUUGUUCGUUACUUUUCCCGAUCUACCAAGCUCUACCGAUUCCAUUUUGUAGUUAAAUGUAAAUAAAAUUGCAUUCUCUGAGUUA